UCUCUAACACAGCCUACCAGUCUGUGUGAAGAAGACUUCCGGUGGUGUGUCAUGGCGGUGGCAUGGUGAAUCCUACAGAAAGGGAUAAAUCUUAUUCCCCGUCCUGCUCUCCGGUCAGUUCAGGGACGAUUUUCUUGUAGAAAGAAGCGUGUCCGCUCCGGCCUCGCCCCUUGGAUCAGUCAGCACGCCGCUGCAGUUUCCCUCCGCCCGGUCAUGGCGGCUCACAAACCCGUGGAGUGGGUCCAGGCCGUGAUCACCAGAUUCGAUGAGCAGCUUCCCAUUAAAGUUGGCCACCAGAAUACUCACACCAAAGUCAGCACAGAGCACAACAAAGAAUGUCUGAUCAACAUAUCCAAGUACAAGUUCUCCCUCGUCAUCAGUGGCCUUACCACCAUCCUUAAAAAUGUCAACAACAUGCGGAUAUUUGGAGAAGCUUCUGAGAAGAACCUCUACCUCUCUCAGCUCAUCAUCCUGGACACACUGGAGAAGUGCCUGGCUGGGCAAUCCAAGGACUCUUUGCGUCUGGAUGAGACCAUGCUGGUCAAACAGCUUCUGCCAGAGAUCUGCCAUUUCAUCUAUACAUACCGUGAGGGCCACCAGCAUGCCGCUGAGCUCCGCGCCUCGGCCUCAGCUGUCCUCUUCUCCCUGAGCUGCAACAACUUCAAUGCCGUCUUCAGCCGUAUAUCCACCAGGCUCCAGGAGCUGACAGUGUGCUCUGAGGACAAUGUGGAUGUUCAUGAUAUAGAGCUGAUGCAGUACAUCAAUGUUGACUGCUCCAAGCUGAAGAGGCUGGUACAAGAAACUGUACUAAAGUUUAGAGCUCUCAAGAAGCCUGCCCAGCUAGCAGUCAUCAACAGUUUAGAGAAGGCGUUUUGGAACUGGGUGGAGAAUUACCCCGAUGAGUUUACCAUGCUCUACCAGCGACCACAGGCCGAUAUGGCAGAAGCUGCAGAGAAGUUGUUUGAUCUGGUGGACAGCUUUGCAGAAAGUGCCAAGAGGAAGGCAGCUGUGUGGCCACUGCAGAUCAUCCUCCUCAUCCUUUGUCCAGAGAUCACUCACACAAUCUCCAAAGACACUGUUGAAGACAGCAAAGCCAACAAGAAGCUGUUUUUGGACAGUUUGCGAAAAGCCUUAGCAGGCCAGGGUGGUGGCAAGCAGCUGAUGGAGAGUGCUGCCAUCGCCUGUGUCAAGCUGUGCAAAGCCUCCACCUACAUCAACUGGGAGGAUCACUCCACCAUUUUCCUCUUGGUCCAGUCUAUUGUCAUAGAUCUCAAGGCUCUGCUGUUCAACCCAGCCAAACCUUUCUGGAGGGGCACAGGCAGCCAGAAUGCUGAUGUGGAGCUCAUGAUGGACUGCUUUGUCUCCUGUUUCCGCAUCAAUCCUCACAACAACCAGCACUUUAAGGUCUGUUUGGCCUCCUCCUCCCCCUCCACCUUUCACUUUGUCCUGGUCAACUCAUUGCACAGAAUUAUCACCAAUUCCCAUCUUGACUGGUGGCCUAAGAUUGAUGCAGUGUACUGCUACUCUGGAGAGCUUCGCUUUAUGUUCUCAGACACACUCAAUCGGGUGAUUCAAGGCAUCGGUACCCACGCUCCACUACGUAUGACACCGAGUCUUACAUUCAAAGGGAAGAUGACAACCAGCCUUAAGUUCAAAGAAAAAGCCACAGACCUGGACACUCGAAGUUACAAGUGCCUCCUUCUUGCUCUGGUUAAACUCAUCCAUGCUGACCCCAAACUCAUGUUGCACAACCCAGUAAGGCAAGCUCCAGAGAUGCAGAGCAGCACAGCAGAGCUCAUCACCGGCCUGGUACAGCUAGUGCCUCUAACCAACACCACCCAACUAUCACAAGAAGCUAUGGAGGCACUGUUGGUUCUACACCAGCCAGAGACGAUAGAGCUGUGGAAUCCUGAUACCCCCAUAGAGACAUUUUGGGACAUCAGUUCACAGGUGCUUUUCCUCAUCUGCCGUAAGCUGAUUGGCCAGCAGAUGGUUAAUGGGACAGAAGUUCUGAAAUGGCUGAGGGAGAUCCUCAUCUGCAGGAACAAAUUUCUACUCAAGAACAAGGAGUGUGCCACUAUGGGUAGUGGGAUUCCCAUUUGCCGGCAAGCGCAGACAAAGCUGGAGGUGAGUCUGUACAUGUUCCUGUGGAGUCAAGACACGGAGGCAGUGCUGGUGGCCAUGUCAUGUUUCCGCCACCUCUGUGAGGAGGCUGACAUCCGCAGCGCCGCUGACGAAGUGCCUGUCCAAAACAUCCUGCCCAACUACGCCACCUUCAGUGAACUGGCCUCUGUAAGCAACAUGAUGGGAACAGGACGAUCCACCUUGCAGAAGAGGGUGAUGGCCUUGUUAAGGAGAAUAGAGCACCCCACACCAGGAAACAUUGAGGCUUGGGAGGACACGUACGCAAAAUGGGACCAGGCCACCAAACAGAUUCUCAACUUUCCCAAAAACAAGGCUGAUGAUGGGCAGCAGGAGUGGAUCAACAUGACAGGCUUCCUAUGUGCUCUGGGUGGUGUGUGUCUUCAGCAGCGCAGCACCCCAGGCCCAGCAACUUACAGCCCACCUAUGGGCCCAAUGAGUGAACGCAAACACUCCAUGAUAUCCAUGGGCCCCUGCGAGGUGUCCAAUUCCAUGGUCUCAGCUUCAUCUUGCUCCUCAUCGGCGUCCAGUGAGACGCCUGUUAGCCGCUUCCUGGACCGGCUGCUGGCCCUGCUUGUGUGUGGCCACGACAGGGUUGGUCUCCAUGUUCGCACCAGUGUUAAAGACCUGCUGGGGCUGGAGCUCAGCCCUGCCCUCUACCCCAUGCUCUUCAACAAGCUGAGGAACAGCAUCGGAAAGUUCUUUGACACACAAGGACCAGUUCCUAUCAACGACACUAACACCCAGUUUGUGGAGCAGACCAUAGCCAUCAUGAAGAACUUGUUAGAUAACCACACAGAGGGCAGCUCCGAACACUUGGGACAGGCCAGCAUCGAGACCAUGAUGCUCAACCUGGUCAGGUAUGUGCGCAUCCUGGGAAAUAUGGUACAUGCGAUCCAGAUCAAAACCAAGCUGUGCCAACUGGUGGAAGUUAUGAUGGAGAGAAGAGAUGACCUAUCUUUCUGCCAGGAGAUGAAAUUUAGGAACAAGAUGGUAGAGUACCUGACAGACUGGGUGAUGGGAACCUCCAACCAGGCUACUGACGAUGACAUCAAGUGCCUGACAAGAGACCUGGACCAGGCCAGCAUGGAGGCAGUAGUGUCUCUGUUAGCUGGUCUUCCUCUGCAGCCAGAAGAGGGCGAUGGAGUAGAACUGAUGGAGGCCAAAUCUCAGCUCUUCCUCAAGUACUUCACUCUAUUCAUGAACCUGCUGAAUGACUGCAGUGAGGUGGAGGAUGAGGGCCAGGCAGUGGGGGGACGAAAAAGAGGAAUGUCUCGCCGAUUGGCCUCGCUUCGCCACUGCACCGUCCUGGCCAUGUCCAACCUGCUCAAUGCUAACGUAGACAGUGGUCUCAUGCACUCAAUCGGUCUGGGCUACCACAAGGACCUGCAGACUCGAGCCACCUUCAUGGAGGUACUGACUAAGAUCCUGCAGCAAGGAACAGAGUUUGACACGCUGGCAGAGACUGUUCUUGCUGACCGCUUUGAGAGGCUGGUGGAGCUGGUGACCAUGAUGGGAGACCAGGGAGAGCUGCCCAUCGCCAUGGCUCUGGCUAAUGUGGUUCCUGGAUCUCAGUGGGAUGAACUUGCCAGAGUCCUGGUGACACUGUUUGAUUCCCGUCACCUCCUCUACCAGCUGCUGUGGAACAUGUUCUCUAAAGAGGUGGAGCUGGCUGACUCCAUGCAAACUCUCUUCAGAGGAAACAGCCUAGCUAGCAAAAUAAUGACCUUCUGUUUUAAGGUAUAUGGGGCAGCAUACUUGCAGAAGCUACUGGAGCCUUUAUUAAGAGGGGUCAUAACCACUCCUGACCACAUCAUCUUUGAGGUGGACCCCACCAGGCUGGAACAAGUUGAGAACCUGGAGGAGAACCAGAGGAACUUGCUGCAGAUCACUGAGCGGUUCUUCCAGGCCAUCAUUGGUUCAUCCAGCGAGUUCCCCCCACAGCUCCGCAGUGUCUGCCACUGUCUCUACCAGGCUACUUGUCACUCUCUACUGAAUAAAGCAACAGUAAAAGAAAAAAAGGAAAACAAAAAAGCAGUGGUGAGUCAGCGCUUCCCGCAGAACAGCAUUGGUGCUGUGGGCAGUGCCAUGUUUCUUCGGUUUGUCAACCCAGCUAUUGUAUCCCCAUAUGAGGCUGGCAUCUUGGAUAAGAAGCCCUUGCCCAGGAUAGAACGAGGUCUCAAACUUAUGUCCAAGAUUCUGCAGAGCAUUGCAAACCACGUCUUGUUCACAAAAGAAGAAUACAUGAGGCCUUUUAAUGAUUUUGUGAAGAGCAACUUUGAUUCUGCAAGGAGGUUUUUCUUGGACAUAGCAUCCGACUCUCCACCCAGUGACACUGUCAAUCAUAGUCUGUCCUUCAUCAGUGAUGGUAAUGUGCUGGCCCUCCACCGCCUGCUGUGGAACAACCAGGAGAGGAUUGGCCAGUACCUUUCCAGUAACAGAGAUCACAAGGCUGUAGGCAGACGACCUUUUGACAAGAUGGCAACCCUGCUAGCCUACCUAGGACCCCCUGAACACAAACCUGUGGCUGACACUCACUGGUCCAGUCUUAACCUGACUAGCUCCAAGUUUGAAGAGUUCAUGACAAGGCACCAGGUCCAUGAGAAGGAAGAGUUCAAAGCAUUGAAGACGCUCAACAUCUUCUACCAGGCAGGAACAUCCAAAACUGGGAACCCAGUGUUCUACUAUGUGGCUCGCAGGUUCAAAACGGGGCAGAUCAAUGGUGACCUGCUCAUCUAUCACGUCCUCCUUACCCUCAAACCCUACUAUGCCAAGCCCUAUGAGAUAGUAGUAGACUUAACUCAUGUAGGACCCAGCAAUCGCUUCAAGACUGACUUCCUAUCUAAGUGGUUUGUGGUCUUUCCUGGCUUUGCCUAUGAGAACGUAGCAGCUGUUUAUGUCUACAACUGCAAUACAUGGGUGAGAGAGUAUACCAAGUACCACGAGCGGCUUCUGACAGGCCUGAAGGGCAGCAAGCGACUCCAGUUUAUUGACUCUCCAGCUAAGCUGGCCGAGCAUAUUGAACCUGACCAGCAGAAGCUGCCUGCUGCAACCCUGACCCUGGAGGAAGAUCUUAAAGUGUUCCAUAAUGCCCUCAAGCUGGCCCAUAAAGACACCAAGGUCUCAAUAAAGGUGGGUUCGACAGCAGUUCAGGUGACCUCAGCUGAGCGGACCCGUGUCCUUGGCCAACCAGUCUUCCUCAAUGAUGUCUACUAUGCUUCAGAAAUUGAGGAGAUUUGUCUCGUGGAUGAGAGCCAGUUCACCCUCACAAUGGCCAAUCAGGGCACACCUCUUACAUUCAUGCACCAGGAGUGUGACACCAUCGUCCAGUCCAUCAUCCAUAUACGGACACGCUGGGAGCUGUCGCAGCCCGACUCUAUCCCACAGCACACCAAGAUCCGUCCAAAAGAUGUUCCUGGCACUCUGCUCAACAUUGCUCUGCUCAACCUUGGCAGUUCUGAUCCCAGCCUCAGGUCUGCAGCUUACAAUCUGUUGUGUGCUUUGACCUGCACCUUUAACCUAAAGAUAGAGGGCCAGCUGUUGGAGACGUCAGGCCUCUGCAUCCCAGCCAACAACACCCUCUUCAUAGUCUCCAUCAGCAAGACUCUUGCUGCCAAUGAGCCCCAUCUAACACUGGAGUUUCUGGAAGAGUGCAUCUCAGGCUUCAGCAAGUCCAGUAUUGAGCUGAAGCAUCUCUGCUUGGAGUACAUGACACCUUGGCUGCUCAACCUAGUUCGCUUCUGUAAGCACAACGAUGAUGCCAAGCGCCAGCGUGUUACUGCAAUUUUGGACAAACUCAUUACCAUGACCAUUAAUGAAAAGCAGAUGUAUCCCUCUAUCCAAGCCAAGAUCUGGGGAAGCCUGGGUCAGAUAACAGACCUGUUGGAUGUGGUGUUGGACAGUUUUAUUAAGACAAGUGCCACAGGAGGUCUGGGCUCCAUCAAAGCAGAGGUCAUGGCUGAUACUGCAGUGGCUCUGGCUUCUGGGAAUGUCAAAUUGGUCUCCAGCAAGGUUAUUGGUCGGAUGUGCAAGAUCAUUGACAAGACAUGCCUGUCGCCAACACCCACACUGGAACAGCACCUAAUGUGGGACGAUAUUGCCAUCUUGGCACGCUACAUGCUCAUGCUGUCCUUCAAUAACUCCCUGGAUGUUGCAGCCCACCUGCCCUACCUGUUCCACGUGGUGACCCUGCUGGUAGCUACAGGGCCGCUGUCGCUUAGGGCUUCCACCCAUGGUUUGGUCAUCAACAUCAUCCACUCCCUCUGCACCUGCUCACAGCUGAACUUCAGUGAGGAGACAAAGCAGGUGCUGAGGCUAAGUCUGACCGAAUUCUCUCUGCCAAAGUUUUACCUGCUGUUUGGCAUCAGCAAAGUCAAGUCAGCUGCCGUCAUUGCCUUCCGCUCCAGCUACAGAGACCGUUCCUUUUCACCAGGCUCUUAUGAGAGGGAGACAUUCGCCCUGUCCUCCCUGGAGACCGUCACUGAGGCCUUAUUGGAAAUCAUGGAGGCUUGUAUGAGGGACAUCCCAGCCUGCAAGUGGUUAGACCAGUGGACAGAGCUUGCACAGAAGUUUGCAUUCCAGUAUAACCCGUCUCUUCAACCAAGAGCGCUAGUGGUUUUUGGCUGCAUAAGUAAGAGAGUGAGCCAUGGCCAGAUCAAGCAGAUCAUCCGAAUCCUCAGCAAGGCAAGCCCUCUGCUCAGCAUAGACCGGGGUCUAGAGAGCUGUCUGAAGGGACCGGACAAUUACAACAGCCAAGUAUUAAUUGAAGCCACAGUCAUUGCUCUAACCAAGCUGCAGCCUCUUCUCAGCAAGGAGUCCCCCAUGCACAAAGCUCUGUUCUGGAUCGCUGUAGCUGUGCUGCAGCUGGACGAAGUAAAUCUGUACUCUGCUGGAACUGCCCUGCUGGAGCAGAACCUCCACACUUUGGACACAAUGCGCAUCUUCAACGACAAGAGUCCAGAAGAAGUCUUCAUGGAAAUUAGACAUCCUUUAGAGUGGCACUGUAAGCAGAUGGAUCAUUUUGUGGGCCUCAAUUUUAGUGCCAAUUUCAACUUUGCACUGGUGGGCCACCUACUCAAAGGCUACAGACACCCAUCACCCACCACAGUAGCGAGAACAGUGAGAAUCCUGCACACACUUUUGACUCUCAUCAGUAAACAUCUGAAAUGUGACAAGUUUGAGGUCAACACCCAGAGUGUUGCCUAUCUGGCUGCACUGCUCACUGUAUCUGAGGAGGUCCGAAGCCGCUGCAGCCUCAAACACAGGAAGUCACUACUUAUUUCUGACCUGUCCAUGGACCCAGUACCCAUGGAUACCUACUGUAGUCACAUCGCUGAUCCCAGCUGCAGAAGUCUGCGAGAGACUCAGCCGUGGACAUCACCUCAGAUUUCAGAGCGGUAUCUUUCAACCCAUCACUACCCUACAGUGGGCCAGAUCAGCCCACGAACACGCAAGUCCAUGAGCCUUGACAUGGGUCAGCCCUCACAAGCUAACACCAAGAAGCUUCUGGGCACCAGGAAGAGCUUUGAUCAUCUCAUAUCAGACUCCAAAGCACCAAAAAGACCAGAGAUGGAGUCGGGUAUGACCACCCCUCCCAAGAUGAGGCGUGUAGCAGAAAACGACUACGAGAUAGAGACACAAAGAAUUGGAAACUCUCACCUUCGUAAAGUGUCUGUAUCAGAGUCCAACGUUCUGCUGGAUGAGGAGGUGCUGACUGAUCCAAAAAUCCAAGCUCUACUCCUCACUGUGCUGGCAACCCAGGUCAAAUAUACUACUGAUGACUUUGACCAACGGAUUUUGUACGAGUACUUGGCUGAAGCUUGCGUCGUCUUCCCAAAGGUUUUCCCAGUUGUCCACAAUCUGCUGGAUUCAAAAAUCAACACUGUGCUGUCCAUGUGCCAAGACACCAAUCUCCUAAACCCUGUCCAUGGCAUUGUCCAGAGUGUGGUUUACCAUGAGGAAUCGCCACCACAGUACCAGCCAUCCUAUUUACAAAGCUUUGGCUUCAAUGGACUUUGGAGGUUUGCCGGACCCUUCUCUAAGCAAACCCAGAUACCAGACUAUGCCGAGCUGAUUGUUAAGUUUUUGGAGGCACUGAUUGAUAGCUACCUGCCGACAGCUGACGAGGAGCGAGGAGAGGAGCAGUUGAGGACGCCCACCUCCCCCUACCCGCCCACCAGUCAGAGCCAGCUCAGCAUCACUGCCAACCUCAACCUGUCCAACUCUAUGACUUCACUGGCCACUUCGCAGCACUCACCAGGCGUGGACAAGGAGAAUGUCCAGCUGUCCCCCAGCUCUGCUUUGUCCACUGGGGGUCGCACUCGCCACGGUUCAGCCAGUCAGGUCCAGAAGCAGCGCAGUGCCGGCAGCUUCAAGAGACCCAGUAUCAAGAAGAUUGUCUGAUGCACCAGGGAAUGCCAUCCCAUCUAUUCUCCCAACCUCCUCCAUCUCUUCUUUCUCUCUGCCCCUCCUUCAGUCUGCAAGGCCUCAUACUGCACUCGACUUUAAAAUGUCCUCCCUCUUCAAGCUUGUUGCUUUGGCAGUAGAACAAGU